GCUGUUCGCUCACCCCGCGCGAGGUCCUGGAAUGCCUUCAAGAAAAGUUAGCCUGCAUUAUCUAUGACAUGUCCGCAAUUGCGCCCACUUUUGUGAAAUCGGGCUCCUCAUGGGAACCCUGUUCUCCGUUCUGCCCACUCGCCAUGAUGUUUAUGGGCAGAGUGCAGUGCAGUCGAUGCAUCGCAAUCCCACCACUUGACUUGCCAAGACACUAGCCGCCUCCGAACCUCGAAAUAUUUUGGAUAUCGCUGUACCAGGCACCACAACCAGCAAAUCACUUGUAAGAGCCGUACUUUUACAAAUCCGUGCCUUACGGUGCCCGAGAUGUCGUACAACAACCCCACCCAGAUUUUCGCCGAAGACGUGACGGAGGAGAAGGGCGAGAAUGCGCGUCUCUCGGCGUUUGUGGGAGCUAUUGCUGUGGGAGACCUCGUUAAAAGCACGCUGGGUCCCAAGGGUAUGGAUAAGAUAUUACAGUCUGCCUCGACUGGCGAGAUCAUGGUCACAAACGACGGAGCUACGAUCCUGAAAUCGAUUGCACUGGACAACGCCGCCGCGAAAGUCUUGGUCAAUAUAUCGAAGGUGCAGGACGACGAAGUGGGUGACGGAACGACUUCGGUUACGGUGCUAGCUGCGGAGCUCCUGCGCGAGGCGGAGAAGUUGGUUGAUCAGAAGAUACAUCCCCAGACGAUCAUCGAGGGCUUCCGGAUAGCGAGUCAUGCAGCCUUGCAAGCGUUGGAGAAGACGGCGGUGGAUCACAGCGGGGACGAGAACGCAUUCAGGAAAGACCUCGAAGCCAUUGCGAGGACGACGCUCAGCUCCAAGGUCCUGAGCCAGGAUAGGACGCACUUUGCCAAGCUGGCUACGGAUGCGGUGCUGAGGAUGAAGGGGUCGACCGAUCUCACGCACAUUCAGAUCAUCAAGAAGGCGGGAGGCAAGCUCAAGGACUCGUAUCUGGACGAGGGAUUCAUUCUGGACAAGAAGUUUGGUGUCAACCAGCCGAAGCGGAUAGAGAACGCCAAGAUUCUUGUUGCAAACACGGCAAUGGACACGGACAAGAUCAAGAUCUUUGGUGCGCGGAUGAAGGUGGACUCCACGGGCAAGCUCGCCGAGUUGGAGAAGGCGGAACGGGAAAAGAUGAAAGCAAAGGUGGAGCGGAUCAAGGCACAUGGGGUCAACUGCUUCGUCAAUCGUCAGCUGAUCUACAAUUGGCCCGAGCAGCUCUUCGCAGACGCGGGCAUCUCGUCGAUUGAGCAUGCCGACUUUGACGGCGUGGAGCGGUUGGCAUUGGUCACGGGCGGCGAGAUCACGUCGACGUUUGACCACCCGGAAAAUGUGCAGCUUGGCCACUGCGACCUCAUUGAGGAAAUCAUCAUUGGAGAGGACACGCUGAUCAAGUUCUCGGGAGUGGCGGCAGGCCGGGCAUGCACCAUUGUGCUCCGGGGAGCUACCGAGCAGCUGCUCGACGAGGCGGAGCGGUCGCUGCACGAUGCUCUUGCAGUGCUUUCACAGACGGUCAAGGAGCCCCGGACGACGCUGGGAGGCGGAUGUGCAGAGAUGAACAUGGCCAAGGCGGUUGCAGAGGCGGCGCAGAAGGUGGCGGGCAAGAAGGCGCUGGCGGUAGAGGCCUUCUCGAGGGCUCUGCAGCAACUGCCCACGAUCCUGGCCGACAAUGCGGGCUUCGACUCUAGCGAGCUCGUCACGCGGCUCCGCAAGGCCGUCUACUCUGGCCUGACGAGCUCGGGGCUGGAUCUCCUGACGCCGGGAGGGGGCAUCGCAGACAUGAGGGAGCUGGGGGUGAUUGAAAGCUACAAGCUGAAGCGCGCGGUUGUCUCGUCGGCGUCUGAGGCUGCAGAGUUAUUGCUUCGGGUAGACAACAUCAUCCGCAGUGCACCUAGGAGACGGGAGCGGGUGUAGAUAGAGGGAGGGGGUUGCACUCGCAUAGAGAGCGAGGAGGGAGGGUACAGCGGGAGAUGGGUUGGAUGUGGUUCCGCAUCGAUUACGGAUGUACUGUGUACAGUGACGACGACAAAGUAUUAUUGUACGGUUUAUCACCGACCAGCGACUCUUCUGAAUCUGCUGUUCU